AUGGCCAACCUUGCCUCUGCAGAGAUUAAAGCCCGCCUGGAGCGCUCAUACGACGCGAUAGCAACCACCUACAACACCUGGGCCGUUAACCAUCCAUACCGAAACCCAACAGAUGACUCAGAAGCACCAACCAAGUCGGCGCUGGAGCUGGGCUGCGGCAACGGGUACCCCAUCCUCCAACACCUCUUUUCCGCCGGUUUGUUCGAUUGCAUUGUGGCAAACGACCUCUCCUCUGUACAGCUCAACUCGGUCAAGUCGGAACUGGAAGCGAAACAUGACAAUGCAGACUGGAGACAAGGGGAUAUGACAUGUCUGUCGUUUAACCCCUGCUCCUUCGACAUCAUCAUUGGCCUCUACACGCUUAUACAUCUGCCACGCUCCGAACAGCUGCUCAUGCUGGAGAAGAUCAGUCUCUGGUUGAAGCCGGGCGGGCUUGCCCUUGUCAACUUCAGCAAAGAGGACACGGAGGCCGACGUCAUUGAGGAGUGGCUGGGUCGCGAAGAGGGCUGGAUGUUCUGGUCCGGGUACGGAGCGGAUAACAUGCCGCGUUUGAUCCAACAGGUGGACGGUUUGGAGAUGGUGGUGGGUGAGCUCUGA